CGAGUAGGAGCUCCCUCUUACGGGACAGGUAACGCUGACGACCGGCCGGCCUAACCUUCGAGCAAGCCAACAUGGCAGCGGCGUCAAGCUACCAAACGUCCGAAAUGGAUCCUAACUAACAUACAUGUCAGCGCCUGUUGUUCGCCAUCGUCACACGCCCGCCUGGACGUCACCGAGCAGCUGUCACCCAGCCACCGAGCAGCUCGCGAGGGGGGUUGGCUCGCCACGGACAGCCGCUGUGUUGCCAGCCCUGCCCCGAGUUAGCUCACUGGGGAAACCGGAGGAGCUAGGACUGCGAGUACACCGUUAUCCAUUGUGUUGACGAGGUGCUCGUCAAGGUGAAGAUAAUGCUCAGACAUGAUGCCCUGUGAGACCCAUGUGUUGCUCAAGUGGCAGGAACACCUCAACAGCUCCUGGGCAGCCGAGGACAGUGUGCAGACGGCCACCAGGCAUGGGGCGGCCACCCUUUACAGCAGGCUCCUUCACAACAAGGAGGUAGUGAGUCUGGCCCAGCCCAUCCAGGAACUCGUGGGCCCUCGGCUGCCCGACUUUGAGUGUGAGUCCUGCGCUGUUGCGGAGAAGGAGGAGUAUCUUUCAUCGCUGCUGCAGAGUCAAAGAUGGCUUGUUCGCCGCCUGCUGACGCAGACCCGCUACACGCAAGGUCUCCACCACAGGCUAGUGGCUCUGCAAAGGAUUUUCUACGCAAUUCACACCAAAUACCACGACAAUUUCCGUGUGCCGCUUCCCUCGCAGGCCGCAGAGAGCGGUGGGGAAUGUGGGCAUCUUGAGCUGGCCUCUAAGCCCUGCCUGCCAGGAGGGCUGCCCAAGGUCAAGUCAGGCAUGGAUGUUCUGAUCGAGAUGGGUGUGAGGACAGGUUUGAGCCUGCUCUUUUCACUGCUGCAGCAGAACUGGAGGUACGCUGCCUCUGUGCAUCCCGAGUCAAUGCUGUGCAACGACGUACUGGCUACUGCCUCCUCCGUGCUCACGUCCCUACCACCGCUCUCCCUGGCCAAUGAGAGCAAGAUCCCCUCAGUCGGGCUUGACUGCCUGGCGCAGGUGGCCGACUUUCUGAAGAAGACGUCUGCGAGCAGCGGCAGCGGCGGUGCCGACUUGACAGGUCGGAGGCUGGCGCUGGAGUUACUGCUUGGUCUAGCCAUGCAGAGAGGCUCACUCAAGUUUCUCCUGGAGUGGGUGGAGGUGGCUUUGGCGACUUCCAUAUCCUCGUGCACCUCCACGCUGUCUUCCCCCUCCGCACUGAGCUCCCAGCAGGCAGCUGGUGUAGGAUUUGAUGUCAUCCAUCAAACUCUCCUUCAGAUGAGACAGUUUUCGGGUUUUCUUGGAGACACCGUCAGUACUCCUGUGCUCCAGAAGGACACAGACGGACUUUGCCAACUCUCCCAGGCAGCCCUCUGCCUCUUUGAGGAGAUAUGUAACCUGGCGUCCUACUGCCUGUGCUCCUGCAGCGCCGACGCAGACCCUCCCGUUGCAGACCGCGAUGCUGUGGUGGUGUACGUGUGGGGGAGCAACAGCAGCCAUCAGCUCGCGGAAGGAACGCUAGAGAAAAUCCUGCUGCCCAAACCCACGCAAGGCUUCAGCGAUGCCCAAAUGAUUGAGGCCGGCCAGUACUGCACCUUCUCCGUGUCCGCGGAUGGCGCCGUGAAGGCUUGUGGCAAAGGCAGCUAUGGCCGCCUUGGUCUGGGUGACUCCAACAACCAGUCUAUGCCCAAGAAACUGGUGCUGGAGCCCCACAGGAACAUGAAGAAGGUGUCCUCCUCCAAGGGAUCUGAUGGUCACACCUUGGCAAUCACCAUGGAGGGAGAGGUGUUCAGCUGGGGUGAUGGAGAAUAUGGGAAACUGGGUCACGGCAACAGUGCUACGCAGAAAUAUCCCAAAAUCAUCCAAGGACCGCUGUCGGGCAAAGUUGUUGUGUGCGUGUCUGCUGGCUACAGGCACAGUGCAGGUGUGACCAAUGACGGCGAACUUUACACAUGGGGUGAAGGGGACUUUGGCAGACUUGGCCAUAGUGACAGCCUGAGCCGCAACACGCCCACACUGGUGAAGGACAUCAGCGGCGUCGGGCAUGUGGCGUGCGGCAGCUCACACACCAUUGCUGUGGCACAGGAUGGACGCACUGUUUGGUCCUUUGGAGGAGGCGACAAUGGUAAACUCGGCCACGGCGACACCAACCGCGUGUACCGGCCCAAGAUCAUUGAGGCCUUGCACGGAUGCAUCAUCAGGAAAGUGUGCGCUGGGAGUCAGUCAUCUCUAGCGCUCACCUCUGCGGGACAGGUGUUCGCAUGGGGUUGCGGCUCGUGUUUAGGCUGCGGCUCCUCUGAGACCACCUUUCUAAGACCCCGAUUCAUAGAGGAACUGAGCUUCACCAAGGUCAUCGACAUCUCUUGCGGGGACAGCCACUGCCUGGCGCUGUCGCACGAAAACGAAGUGUAUGCCUGGGGCAACAACACCAUGGGCCAGUGCGGGCAAGGCCAUACCUCCACCCCUGUUACCAAACCGAAAAAGGUGCUUGGUCUUGAGGGGGUGUCCAUUCAGCAGAUCACGGCAGGAACUUCCCACAGCUUGGCUUGGACUGCGGUACCAACCGACAGGCAGUUGGUGGCAUGGCACAGGCCUUUCUGUGUGGACCUGGAGGAGAGUACUUUCACUUACCUGCGCAGCUUCCUCGAAAGCUACUGCGACGGCAUCGAGAAUGACACCCCCCAGGCGCCAUUCUUAACCAAACGGGAACAUCAUCAGUUCAUUUUGCUGUGCAUGAAGUUGCUCUCCAUCCAUCUGUCACUGGCUCAUGCUGGGGGGACUGGUGCUAUGGUGUUGGGGGCCCAGGGCAGGCCCCUCAGAAACCUGCUGUUCAGACUCAUAGACACCAACAUGCCCGACUCCAUACAACAGGCUGUUAUGAACACGCUCUCCAUUGGCGCCUCGCUACUGCUGCCUCCUCUGAGGGAACGCACAGAGCUGCUCCUCUCCCUCCUACCUCAGGGCCCACAGAGUCUAAAUGUGCUCUCCAAAGGUCAACGUCUGCAGUUGGAGAUGGUCCUCAGCAGCCUUCAGGACCAGAGUCACAUGGCAUCCCUGCUAGGCUACAGCAAUUUUGGGGAUGUGACAAACCUCGCACCACCUCUCACGCCCGCCACAUCUGCCCAGCCGCCCUCCUCCUCCUCUUCCUCAUCCGAAGCAUACGACCAAUUUCACUUAGCAGAGGUGCUGCUCAGAACCCUUCUGCUCAGUAUUGGCUUUUACACGGAGCAAGCAUUUGGGGAAUUGGAGAAAAACAGUGAUAAGCUUCUGUCAAGUGACAGUCAACGAGAUGCAGAGCCUCCUUCGCACUUUCACCAGCUUCUCUCCGGACUUCACAAACACAUGCUGGCCCAUUGCUACAUCCACUCCAGCUCUGAGGAUGACAGCACUGUAAAAUUACUUGGUGAGCAUCUUCACUUGAUGCUCUCCUGCGCCGCAGAGACACUCAGGCGAGCCACCAAGUUGCUGAAGGAGAGCUUCAUGGACAAGCAGAUGAUAAGGAAGCUGCAUAUGGUGCUGUACAACUCCAUGGCAGGCACCCUGCUGUGUCAGGUCAUGUACUCGCUGCUGCUGCUGCCCCUCAACACGGUCCACCCUCUCCUUGGCCAUCUGUUGGACUUGCUGGAGGACCUGGACAGUUUCAACAGGUUGCUGCCAGAGACGGGCCUGCUUGAGGAACAGGAGCUGAACGUAGAGGCCUUAACAGUCCCCUCAGAUGAAAGUGAACAUCAGGAUGAAUAUGAGUGCACGUGGCUUUGGCUAUUGGAUCUGGAGCGCUCCGUAGCGUUAGCAGUUGGACGCUGCCUUGGUGGGAUGAUGCAAGGCCUGCCACCCUCCCCCCAGGAAAGAACCUCAGAGUUCUGGCUAUCCAAUGUUCUCCUUCGAAACGGCCUUGAGAUGGACUAUGAAGAGCUGGACUCCAGCAUGGCAUGGCUUUCUGAGGCGGUGCUGCUGGGCGGCAGCGAUUCAAGGCUGUCCGAGCUGAGCCUCAAUCAGGAAUCUCUGACAUUACUGGAGGUGGCGCUGGGAUCCUCCAGAGGACCUGCUGGGUGCCUACUGCAGAAAAUGGAGGAGUACGCUCUCAGCAGAGAGUGGGAGAGCGAAGGAUCUUCGGGCGACGGUUUGCUGGAGGCCGUCUGUCGCUGCUGCUUGGCAGCACUUCUGAAGCACACAGGGAUACCAGAUAAAGCCUAUUGGCAGGACAGAUAUGAGCCCUGCGAGAUGCUGUUAGACAUCUUUGAAAGCGUCUAUAAAAUCAGAAUCUCUCUAUUGGCCCAUAAAAACUCUCCGAGGACUUCCCAGGUGCUCGCCACUGCCAAACAGUGUCAGAGUACGGAUGCAGAAGAGCAAGGAGCAACUGUGGUGAAGGAUAGCGAGCGGUUGUCUGUAGGUCAGUGCAGCCGGGAAGUUCAGGUGCCUCCGCCCCCUGAAGCCAACCACAACCAGGACCAAGACGACGCAGCGGAGGAGCCAUUGGACAGCAAUCGCAUAGAUCUUACAGAAGUCCUGGAGUCCUUCAUGGCGACCCGCGAGGCUAUGCAGGUGCAGCAGAACUUGACUGUGUACGAGUCCUUCGGGACCUCCACCCUGCCCGGUACCAUGGAGAGCCCGGCCAGCCCCCACAGGGAGUUCGAUCCCAGACAGCAGUGGGACAACCGGAGAGAGUCUGAGGAGGAGAGCUUGCCUUUCCCUGCUGCCUGUCAUCUACUCGUCUCCCGGUGUCUCUUCCUAUUGGUAGGAGUUUGUCCUGCCUGGAUGGAACCCAGUGAGAGGGAAGAGAGUCAGGCAGCCAAUACCAGCACCAGGACAGCUAAAGAGUCGUUUGGUCUCAGAAAGCAGUUUGACCAAUCAAAGACCUCCCUGGGAUCAUACAAGAACAAAAUGGGCUUGCCUCUCUGCUCUUUGGACGUCAUGAAAGACGCUUGGGAUCGCCUGCGUCAGUGCAUCAGUCCGACCUCCCCGGCUGCGGCAAACUUCGGCGACAACACACAGCUGAUCCUGGACCAGGCUCUCCAGUUUGUGUGCGGGAACAUUCUCCAGUUUACAACGCCAACCCAGGCUCAUCGUGAGGCCAAUCCCAAAGCCAUAGUCUUUGCCAUCCUGCAACAGCAACACAGGGCUGAGAUGCGCCUGGAGGCAUUCCGUCAGAUGUCGUCUUUCCUGUCCAAGAUGGAGGAGAAGAGCUGCUCUCCUCACUUUCCUGCCUUGUUGCAGUCGGUGCAGCUCCAGUUCCUGUCUGGAUGCUUCGCCUUGGGAACGCAAAUUAUGGGCUCCCUUGCGGGGGCUCAUUACGAGAUGAGCCAUUACACGGCUGGCACUCAAUCAGCUGCUAUUGACAAGCAAAGGGAGUUGCAACGUGCAGCGCAGGCUUUCUACCAACAAGUGGUGCAGAUCCUCAGACAGAGGGUCCUCCAUGAAAGAAAACAUCCAGGUUCGUGCCAGCACCUCCUCCUGGCUACCAUGUUUGCGCUGAACUUCAGCUACCAGCCGGCAGACCUGGUGCUGGUGGUCAAGCGCGGCAUACUGGAGCUUCUCUGCAUGCUGACCGACAACAGCUGCGCCCUUAUGACCCAGGGCUGGCUCGCCGUUUCCACGUCGGGAUGUACGCUGCUGAGUGGCGCUGUCAAGCUGGCAUGUACACGCUUGCUGCAGAUUCUUGCAGUCGCUUCCAGAUCCUGCGAGGAUCUGCUCCCUCUUGAGAUUUCCCAUGCGCUCAUGGAGGUGAUGUGCCAGCACCUUCAAAACCUGCUGCACACAUUCCAGCAACAGCAAGCAGCCGAGAGAGCAAAAGCGGAGACCACGACGGAAGACGGGAAGAGCUUAAAAGGCUCAGAAAGUAGCCGAGUUCUUGAAUGUCAGCUUGCAGACUUCUUGGUAUUCCUCAGGCGGGUGUUGUCUUUACGAGUGAUGACAACGCUCUCCUCGUUCAUCAAGUGGGUGGACCCGCUCAUGGCCAUCAUUUCCUACAACUGCUCUUUAGGAUCACCAUGCUUCCAGAACCUUCGCACUAAGCUUUUGGCCUUCCAUGUUUUAGAACGACUGUUGCCUGCUUGUUCUGAGCCUGAACUUGUUCAAAAGAUUGUCAAACAACUCUUUCAGCUGAUGUCUGUUUACAUGUGGGAGGAGCCUCUGGCCGAGACGACCCACGAGGAGACGACUGUAAAUGAUUCUGAGAAUCCCGGCAGCAAUGACGAAUGUAUUCCCAUCGGAGAUUUUUCCUUCGACCCGCAUAAGGUAACGUGUUGCUCUCUGGAGAGCGGGAAUGUCCUCUCGCACGGCACUGGUGGAAAAGGUUACGGCCUGGCGACCACAGCCAUCGCCUCCGGGUGUUUCAUAUGGAAGUUCGACAUCACCAAAGAACACCGAGGCAAUGAGGGCACGUGCGUGGGCGUGUCCCGAUGGCCUGUCCACGAUUACAACCACCACACCACCACUGACAUGUGGCUAUACCGCGCCUACAGCGGCAACCUUUACCACGGCGGCGAGCUGGUCCGCACACUCCCGUCCUUCACCCAGGGAGACACCAUCACCUGCAUCCUGGACAUGGAGGCUCACACCGUGUCGUUCGCUAAAAACGACAAGGAGCCAAAGUUGGCAUUUGAAGGUGUGGUUGCCUCUGAGCUGUACCCUUGUGUGUUAUUCUACAGCAGCAAUCCUGGAGAGAAGGUGACACUGAGGGACCUCCAAAUGCGAGGCAUGCCCAGCAACCUGCUUCCCGGCGAGCCGCUGUGCAGCCCGCAAAGCACCACCCUCAUCGAGUGCACGGUACAGCUUCUGCGCCGGCUCCACCAGUGCGACCACUGGACGCCGCACAUCAACCGGUACAUCCACGCCAACCUAGAGCUCAUCGGUCCCAUGCUGAAGGAGGACCACUUGGGAGGCCUCGCCCCAGGAGGACAUGCAUCGCCAGGCCUCAAUCCGACUUCGAAGCAAAAUGACGGUGAUAAAGAUCCAUCUGAAGACGACUCUCAUCUAAGCCUUUUAUCAGAGUCCAAGCUAACUGCUCUGUGCACUGAAGUGUGGCCUGUUCUGGCGUUGAUUGGAGGUGUGGAUGGCGGUCUCCGGGCUGGAGGCUCGUGUCUGCACAAGCCCAGCGGGCGCAGGGCUGUUCUGUUGGGAGUCCUGAAAGAGAGGAGCUCUCUUGCCAAGCUGCAGUGGGAGGAGGCCGACCUCUCAAUUAGCUCCGCGAAUUCUUGGUCACCCAGCGACACGCCCAUCGCCUCGCUGGAGCCCUGCAACGUGACCUGCUGUGACGUAGCGCGACUGGGAGGCCUUAAACCGUCAGUGCUGCUUGAUCUGAUUUACCUGAUGGGGCUGCUGGAGGAGCGCGGCUGGCUCGGGGCUCGUGCAAUAGCGACUGGGAAAUUUUCACAGGAGAGCCUGGCGGAGGGCGAAAUGCAGUGUUGCCUGGAAGAGGUAGAUGUUCUCAACUGCUUACCAGAAGAGGACAAGAAGAAGGUUGAAGACGAUAGGAUGGGGUCUGCCAAAGAUACUGUAAAGGUCCAAGAGGAGACAACGGGACUGUCACAAAUCUCUCAAACCAAAAUGAACCCCUUUGCCUUGGAGGUCAGAGCCAUCAAAGUCUCCUACCUUCUCACCGGGGCCUUGAAAUCCCUCGCUGUCAUUUUCAGCUGCGAGAAGUUGUCAGAUUUGAUUUCUGGGCCCAAGCCAAAUGCCACCUUGUCAAGUCCCAGCUCUGACCAGGACGAAGGCGACGGUAGUGGUGGCGAGGAAUGGGACGAGAGCGCCGAGCUGAGGUCCGUACUGCAGUAUGUCGUGCAGAACAUGGUGAAGUGGGCUGUCCGACCUUGUCCCAUAAAGCAGAGUGUGUCUCUGGCUGACCUGGAAAGGGCUCAGGUCAUGAUCUACAAAGGCGCACUGAGUCGACUGCAGGAUAAAGAACGCAAAGAAUCGGGCCAUCACUCGGCCUCUCAGCCCGUUUCCAAGUCCUCCAGCUCCGUCUCUUUAUACAGCGUCGGCUCGGAAGGCACUGCCAUCUUCAGUCAGUCCAACCGAGCCUCUGCGUCGUCUUCCAACACAGAGCUGGCCUCUUCACUCCCGACCAACCUGCAGGCGGAUGGUCUCGAUCAAUUCAAUCCUUUCCUACCCAUCAGCCUCCUUCAACACAUGGUGCUAACUCGCUUCCCCACACUCACCGGAGUGGUUAGCGCCCCCCCUGUGCUGCAUCCUUGCUUCAGCCUUGCCAGUUCGGCCUCGUGCGACGCCUUCACAGAGCAGCAGACAAGCUUCAUGGAACCUGGUCCAUGCAGCACGCAGGCCAGAAGCAGACUGGAGCGGACACAAAUGUUUGUCACCAGCCGCUUGCUUGAAAUGGGAUUCACUAUGAGACAUAUCUACUGCGCCAUGGAGGCAGCAGGUACUACCACUGCUUUGUAUGUCGCGGGUGAGCUGGAUUCUCGGACCAUUGAGGUGUUAGCCAGCUGGAUGCUGGAGCACCCUCUGACGGAGGAGCAGCAGACGGCCGAGUCACCCAGGCAUGAGGCUGAGCCCGACACGCCGUCUUCCGACGGGCCCGAAACAGUGCAGUGCCCGGAACGCCCUGCGAGUCAACCCACCGAGAGCUUGCUGCCGGGUCUGGACUGGAUAGAGCGAGAGAACUUCUUAGAUGUCCACCUGACAAGGAACAGACCUCCUCCGGCAAGGCGGCAGCGUUCAGGCCCAACUCAGAGGACAUCUUUUCGGAGGGCAGGAAUUCCCGUCUCUUCAGAUUUGCCAUCACCCAACCCCAUUCCGCAGCUGUACCAGCAGAACGCAGGCGAUUGGCCGGAGUAUGUUGAGUUUCACCCCUUCUCCACAGAUGAAGAGUCCGAGCUAGGUUACAUGGACGACGUGUAUCACGAUGAGACCUACGAGGACCUGCUCACCCCUUUCUUCAGCCUGGAGAGGGAUACUCUUCACAUAGUGGAGAGCGGCGAAGAACACAGCCCGAUGGUGAAGUGUGAGCUGUGCAACACCCUCACCUUACAGUUCAAUAACCACAUCAAGCGGCGGCAUCCCGGCUGCGGCCAGAGCGCCGCACGUAAGGGCUACGACAGCACCGGUGCCUAUGUGGAUGUCUGGUUCAAAGGGGAGUGCGGAUCCAACUUCCCCUUCUACCUCCUCUGUACCUCCUGCAGGGAAAAGUACCUCGCCACCAACAAUAACGAUCCGAGUUCAAGGAGUGAAAGGGUCAAAGGCCUGACGAGUGAUCUGAUUGGCCGCUUGGACAGCACCUCUGAUGACGACUGGGAAAUAAACCACCAAGACGAGAGUGACCAAGACAGACUGACAGGACUGGAGGACUUUGGCCUCCUGCUGAGACCACUAGGCCUGACUGAAAAGAAGCUGGUGCCGGACCCAAUCGCCUUCACCGAACCUGACCCACUGGGAGCUUUGGUCUAUAGCGCGGAGGACCCUCUGAGAGCCAAUCCCAAAGGGGAGGCUAUUGUGGAGCAGAAGAUCUCCCUGAGUCUCGGGCAGCAGGCCAUAUCUCUGAAGGACUCUCAUGACCGCCUGAAAGCGCUAAGAAGAGUGACCUCCACAGCUCAGAUCCUGCUGGCAUACAGCAUGGUGAUGCGAGCCCUUUCUCAAACCUCUUGCAGUCCGUCCAGCGGGCUGGACUCCUUGGGUCUGGCAGACAUCCGCAUCCUGGUGCGUCUCAUGACGCUCGCUGCGGCGGGCAGGGCAAACACGUGCGCGGACAGACGGUCCGAGGGCGAGGGGCCGGCUUCCGAGCGUGGCAACUCCAGCUGCCUCAGCUUCCUGACGGCAGCCAUCGGCAGCGUCGUGUCCCACAGCCCCACCGCCUACAGGCAACUGGUGGAGAUAUGUACUCAGGAUCUGAUGGCAGCGGCUACUGGGGUAAACAUUUUCAGUUGUUAUACGCAGCAGCGAGUGUGCCUCACGGUCAGCGUGGUGCCUGUGGGUGCCCAACAACAACAGCAGCAGCAGCAGCAGCAGCCGAGGGACUGCAGCGAGCAGCCGGCGUCCUUUCUGGUCACACAGAGCCUCGUGGCCUUGCUCACCGAGAAGGGUGCUCACUGCUUCAGCGCUGACAAGCCUGAACACGAGGCUCACGAUGCAGGACACCAGGGAAUAUCUUCCACUUGUCCUUCUGCCCACCGUGGCACAAGAGUGGGCCCUCUCGAGCUGGCCAACGCUCUGGCGGCAUGCGCCCUGUCCGCCAUGCUGAGCAGCCAACACCGCCAGUGGGCGGCGCAGCGGCUGCUGCAGGCCCUGGCCACGACUGGGCACGACGGACCCGGGCGAGCCCAGACCUACAGUGACCUCGCAGGUGAUCUGCGCAAAUGUCCCAUCAGGAGGCUGGAAGGACACUAUAAUAAGGUGGCCACUUGUUUGUGGAACAGUGAGCAGAGCCUGCUGGCUACUUGCUCCCAGGACAAAGUGGUGCAGCUGUGGAGCAUCAGCGAUAACAAUGCCCAGUUGCAUACCACCUUCUCCUGCAUAACCAGUAAAAUGGACAGAACAAGCUCUGAGAGGGCUGGCAGAUGUCAUCACAUGUCAUCGCCCGUGUACUGGAGCACAGGCGGAGACUUCCUGGCUGCCCCAGAGAACAAACACAUCACCAUCAUGAACAUAAGAGGCUCUCACUGUCACAUGGAGGCUCAAGCAUCCCGGGUCACGGCGCUGUGUUGGGCCACCGCCUUUAGCUUGUGGCUUCUUGAUCAGCCACACAAAUUCCGACCAACCGAGAGCUUGCUGGUGGGACGGCUGGACGGCUCUCUCUGCUGGCUGCGCGUCACCAUGCAGGAUGUUGACUUGCUUGUGAAGCGAACCGAGCUCACCCACUGCUACAGGAUAGAGGCUCCGCAGUGUGUGGCCUGGCACAGUGAGGAAAAACCUUUUGCAGUCGGCUACCCGAGUGGAAAAAUCCUUUUGGCGACGACCGAGACCUAUGAGAACGAGCCCUUGGUGGUGCUGCCCAUCUACCAGGACAGUGUCACUUGCCUCAAGUGGGAUCCCACAGGGCACCUGCUGCUCUGUCUGGGCAGGUCCGAGGUGGUGCAGAUCCUGGGGUGCUCUGGGGGUGUGUGGGUGACUCUCCACUCCCUUGCACAUUCCGGCACAGUCAACGUCGCCGAGUGGUGCCCGCUCGCCGGCCAAGCCCCGGACCCCGUGCUCAUGAUGGCGGCAGGUUGUCAGAAUGGUUCUGUGCAUGUGUGGAUGUUGCCACAAGAGAGUGCUGCUGUGCCUCUGUCAACCACGCCGAACAGCUCUUUGAGAGAGCAUAGAAGUGCCAACGUCAUGGAGAAUGCAAAGUGUGUGUUUGUCCUCCAAGGUCACAUCACAGCGGUGAAAUCGCUCUCAUUUUGCUCCAGUGGUCUGGCUCUGGUUUCUGGAGGGAUCGGGGGGCUGCUCAACAUCUGGUCCUUACAGGAUGGUUCAGUGUUGCAGACCGUUACAGGUUUGGGGUCGGUCGUCAGUACUACAUGGAUCCCCAAAAUGGGUGUCGUGGCCUGUUUUGGAAGGUCGAAGGAUGUCUUGUUGAUCUGCUGCACCCCUGACUGGAUCACUCAGAAUCAUGUGCUGGCUUCCUGCCGCAUGAUACUAAGAAGCCAGAGCAUCCUGGGUCUACAUCGGGCUCCUUGUUUGGCUGUGCUGCUGGAGAGGCUGCCCCUGCUGCUGCAGGAGCAGUAUGCCUACGAGCAGGCCCACGUGGUCACUGGUGACCAAUUAGUCCACAGUGCCUUCCUGCAGAGCCUGGCCUCCCUUGCUGUCGGUUUGUCCCUGGAGGAGCUCCUGUGCCAUUACCCCUGCCCGCCGCAUCACGCCAACCCCAAUGCCCGAUCCUGCCCUGCCGAAUGGAGCUGGCUCGCCACCUACGCCACCACCGUGCGCAGUGCCGAGGCCAUCGCCAGCGGCACUGUCUUCCCAGAGUCCUUUGAAAUUCCAGAGUUUGGAGAGGGAGAUGAGGAUGAAAUCUCAAAGGCCCUGGACAAUAGUAAGUGGAGCUUCAGGAUGGAUGAACAGCUAAUGUCCUGGGCAACCACCCAACCAGAGGACUGGCAGCGAGGGGGUAAGAGCGAAGUGUACCUGUGGGGGAACGGACGCUACGGACAGCUGGCGGGAAUGGGGAACAACCCCAUGACGCCUACGUUAGCGCCCUCUCUGCUACAGACACAACAGGUGGUGUGUGGUCAGAACUGCACUUUCCUGGUUCAGUCCAAUGGGAGUGUGCUGGCCGUUGGGGAAGGACAGUACGGAAGGUUGGGACAAGGAAAUUCUGAUGAUCUGUAUGUCCCGACAAUUAUCUGCUCUUUCCAAGGUUAUGUGGUGACCCAGCUGGUGACAUCCUGUGGGUCGGACGGACACUCCAUGGCGCUGACCGAGACGGGGGAAGUGUUCAGUUGGGGGGAUGGUGAUUUUGGGAAGCUGGGGCAUGGCAACACAGAAAGGCAGAGGAGACCUAAACAUAUCAAGGCCUUGCAAGGGGAAGAUGUCGUUCAGCUUGCCUGCGGUUUUCGGCAUUCCGCCGUGGUGACCGCCGACGGGAAACUGUUCACCUUCGGUUGUGGGGAAUCGGGACGUCUGGGUCAACGAUCAACAUCCACUAAGAUGGUGCCAGAGAGGGUGGCUGCACUGGAGGGUUACCAUGUAGGACAGGUGUCAUGUGGUCUCAACCACACUCUGGUCUUGUCUACUGACGGAACAAUUGUAUGGGCAUUUGGAGACGGAGAUCACGGAAAAUUGGGAACUGGUUCCUCAACUGCAAAAUACUACCCUCAGAAAGUGGAGCAGCUGUGUAAUAAAGGAAUAAAGAAGGUCAGCUGUGGAACUCAGUUCUCUGUUGCCUUGGCCAGCGAUGGACAUGUGUACACAUUUGGACAAGAGCGUCUGAUUGGCCUGCCCGACUCCAUGCUCAAGAACAAGUCAUGUCCUCAGGUGGUCCCGGCCCUAGAUGGGCAUUUCAUAGAGGACGUGGCCCUGGGCUGUGAACACGUCCUCGCCCUGUCCUCCACCGGGGACGUCUACGCCUGGGGGUGCAAUAGUGAUGGACAGCUUGGUCUGGGACAUUCCAACCUGGUAAAGGAGCCCACUUUGGUGACAUCCCUCCAGGGGAAGAACAUCCGACAGAUCUCGGCAGGCCGCUGCCACAGCUCGGCGUGGACCACACCCUCUACCUCCGUUAAAACCUCAGGUGGUUAUGGAAAUUUCCGGCUUGGUCUUCCACAGUGUGUCCCUCCUCAGUACAAUACAUUGAAAGACUGCAGUCCUCAUCUGCUCAGCAUGCGCCUCAGGGUGCUCCACCACUUCUCUGAUCUCAUGUUCAAGUCAUGGCGGCUGCUAAACCUGGAUGCCAAAAAUAUGGUGUCCACUUCGAGGUACAGUUCGGGGACAACAGCUAUCAUCCGUGGUGAACUCAGAGGUCUUCUAUCGCCUAAAGUCAAUACGCUGCCCCUGGUGCGCUCAAUUGGCAGAACUAUGACCCAAGGAAAAACGUAUGGGCCACAGAUUACGGUGAAACGCAUUUCCACAAGAGGGCGCUCGAGCAAGCCCAUCUUUGUGCAAAUUGCUAAGCAAGUGGUGAGCCUGAACCCUCUGGAGCUGCGACUACCGUCUCGAGCAUGGAAGGUCAAGCUCGUCGGCGAGGGAGCGGACGAUGCUGGUGGAGUGUUUGAUGACACCAUCACGGAGAUGUGCCAGGAGUUGCAGUCUACCGUGGUGGACCUCCUGAUCCGUACCCCCAACAGCUUUGCCGAUGUGGGCAGUCACACUGACAGGUUCCUGCUGAACCCAGCCGCUCUCUCCAAAGAUCACAUGGUCCAGUUUCGCUUCCUGGGCAUACUGAUGGCAGUGGCCAUCCGUACCAAGAAGCCCCUGGACCUGCAUCUGGCGCCGUGGGUGUGGAAGCAGCUCUGCUCCAUGCCUCUGGGAGAGCCCGACCUGGAAGAGGUGGACCUCCUCACCUAUCGCACCUUACAAGGCAUUCUCCACUUGGAGAAUAGUGGCAUCACGGAGGAGAACUUCCAUGUGAUGAUCCCACUGGAUUCAUUCGUGGGCUACAGUGCAGACGGAAGACUGGUGCCAGUGGUUCCUGGAGGCCAAAACAUUUCCCUCAACUUUUCCAACAGGACAGAAUACGUGGAAAGAGCACUGCAGUACAGACUUCAUGAAAUGGAUUCUCAGGUGGCGUCAGUCAGAGAGGGCAUGUCGGCCAUCAUCCCCGUGCCGCUCCUCUCGCUGCUGACCGCUCAGCAGCUGGAGCAGCUUGUGUGCGGCCUGCCUGAGGUGUCGGUGGAGACGCUCAAGAAGCUGGUGCACUACCGCGACAUCUCAGAGAGUCACCAACUGGUGGCCUGGUUCUGGCAGAGCUUGGAGGAGUUCACCAACGAGGAGCGCGUUCUCUUCCUGCGCUUCGUCUCCGGCAGAUCCCGGCUUCCGUCCAACCCGGCGGACAUGACGCAAAAGUUCCAGAUCAUCAAGGUGGAUCGGCCCGUCAACGGCCUGCCGACGGCCCAGACGUGCUUCUUCCUGCUGCGUCUUCCACCGUACACGAGCCAGGCGGUGCUGGCCGAGCGUCUGCGCUACUCCAUACACAACUGCCCCUCCAUCGAUAUGGACAACUACAUGCUGACGCACAACACGGAGCCCUUGGAGACCUCCGACACCGAGGAGUGAUGCAGCCAUUAUAUGCACUGGCUUUUAAUUUAUAUUGACCUUGGAUGAGUGUUGUUGUUUUGCGUUUGUGCAUUUAUUGCAGGGCUUGAACUGAGAAGCCACUGGGAUAACAAACUAUUAUUUCUUAUCAUAUAAGCCACUGAAUCAAUGUGCCUGUUUGUUUGAAGAUAAUUUAAGAAUCUGGCAGUACUACUGUAAAAUAAAGAGUGCUGACUUGUA